AUGAUGGUGGCCCUUCCUGACUGCUCCAUCAUGAACAAGUUCUCACUUGUGGACUUGGCUGUCUUCUGUCAGGUGACCCAUGGGCUGAGGGCGUACGAUGGCCUGUCUCUGCCUGAGGACACAGAGACCAUCACAGCAGGACGGACAGGCUGGAGCUAUUCGUACCUUUCUGAUGAUGAAGACUUGCUGGCUGAUGAUGCAUCGGGCGAUGGCCUGGGCAGUGGAGACCUGGGUAGCGGGGACUUUCAGAUGGUGUAUUUCCGGGCCCUGGUAAAUUUCACUCACUCCAUUGAGUACAGUCCUCAGCUAGAGGAUGCAGGCUCCAAGGAGUUCCGAGAGGUGUCAGAUGCUGUGGUGGACAAGCUGGAGUCGGAGUACUUGAAGAUUCCCGGAGACCAGGUUGUUAGUGUGGUGUUCAUCAAGGAGCUGGAUGGCUGGGUCUUUGUGGAGCUGGAUGUGGGCUCCGAAGGAAACGCAGAUGGAGCUCAAAUUCAGGAAGUGCUGCACACGGUUGUGUCCCGGGGCUCCAUUGGCUCCUAUGUCACCUCCCCCCAGGGGUUCCAGUUCCGACGGCUGGGGACAGUGCCCCAGGUGCCCAGGGUCUGCACAGAGGCUGAGUUUGCCUGCCACAGUCACAAUGAAUGUGUGGCCCUGGAGUAUCGCUGCGACCGGAGGCCUGAUUGCAGGGACAUGUCUGAUGAGCUUGAUUGCGAGGAUUCAGUCCCUGAGCUCGCCUCCCUGCCACCCUCUGGAGUGGAGACGUCACCUCCUCCAGUCUGGCCAGACACCAUAACUACACUGCCAACACCAGUUGUGCCCAGGCCCCAGCCUCUGUUCCCUGAUUCAAGAGGGCUCAGACCUUGUGGGCCCCAGGAGGCCAUGUGCCACAGCGGCCACUGCAUCCCCAAAGACUACCUCUGUGAUGGGCAAGAGGACUGCAAGGACGGCAGUGAUGAGCUGGACUGCGGGCCCCCUCAGCCCUGUGAGCCCAAUGAGUUUGCCUGUGGAAAUGGCCACUGCGCCCUCAAGCUAUGGCGCUGUGAUGGCGACUUCGACUGCAAGGACCAGACAGACGAGGCCGACUGCCCCACCAAGCAACCUGAGGAAGUGUGCGAGCCCACACAGUUCCGCUGUGUCUCCACCAACCUAUGCAUCCCAACCAGCUUCCAAUGUGACGAGGAGAGCGACUGCCCUGACCGCAGUGAUGAGUUUGGCUGCAUGCCUCCACAGGUGGUGACCCCUCCCCAGGAGUCCAUCCAGGUUUCCCGAGGCCAGACAGUGACCUUCACCUGUGUGGCCAUUGGUGUCCCCACCCCUAUCAUCAACUGGAGACUCAACUGGGGCCACAUUCCCUCAAAUUCCAGGGUGACAAUGACCAGCGAGGGUGGCCGCGGCACACUGACUAUCCGUGACGUGAAAGAGGCAGACCAGGGAGCCUACACCUGCGAGGCUAUGAAUGCACGGGGCAUGGUAUUCGGCAUUCCUGAUGGCGUGCUGGAGCUCGUCCCGCAGCGAGGUCCCUGCCCUGACGGGCACUUCUACCUGGAGGACAGUGCCUCCUGCCUGCCCUGCUUCUGCUUCGGAGUCACCAGCAUGUGCCAGAGCAGCCGCCGCUUCCGGGACCAGAUCCAUUUGCGCUUCGAUCGGCCCGAGGACUUCAAGGGUGUGAAUGUGACGAUGCCCACCCAGCCCGGCAUGCCACCCCUCUCCUCCACUCAGCUGCAAAUCGACACAGUCCUGCAGGAGUUCCAGCUCGUUGACCUGUCCCGCCGCUUCCUUGUCCACGAUUCUUUCUGGGCUCUGCCUGAGCAGUUUUUGGGCAAUAAGGUGGACUCCUAUGGUGGCUCGCUGCGCUACAAGGUACGCUAUGAGCUGGCGCGUGGCCCGCUGGAGCCAGUGCAGAAGCCCGAUGUAGUCCUUGUGGGUGCUGGAUAUCGCCUACUCUCCCGAGGCCAUAUGCCCACCCAACCGGGAACUCUGAACCAGCGCCAGGUCCAGCUCUCAGAGGAGCACUGGGUGCACGAGUCCGGCCGGCCGGUGCAACGCGCCGAGAUUCUGCAGGUACUGGCGAACCUGGAGGGUGUGCUCAUCCAGAUAGUGUACAAUGCCAAGAUGGCCAGUGUGGGGCUGAGUGACAUCACCAUGGACACCACUGUAACCCACACCACCACCCAUGGCCAUGCCCAUAGUGUGGAGGAGUGCAGAUGUCCCAUUGGCUAUUCCGGCUUGUCCUGUGAGAGCUGUGAUACCCAUUUUACCCGGGUGCCUGGUGGUCCCUACCUGGGCACCUGCUCUGGCUGCAAUUGCAAUGGCCAUGCCAGUGCCUGUGAUCCCGUCUAUGGCCACUGCUUGAACUGCCAGCAUAACACAGAAGGACCACAGUGCAACAAGUGCAAGGCUGGCUUCUUUGGGGAUGCCACAAAGGCCACGGCCACAGCCUGCCGGCCCUGCCCAUGCCCGUACAUCGAUGCCUCCCGCAGAUUCUCCGACACUUGCUUCUUGGACACAGAUGGCCAGGCCACAUGUGAUGCUUGUGCCCCUGGGUAUACAGGCCGUCGAUGUGAGAGCUGUGCCCCCGGGUAUGAGGGCAAUCCCAUCCAGCCGGACGGGAAGUGCAGGCCCGUCAACCAGGAGAUUGUGCGCUGUGACGAGAGAGGCAGCAUGGGGACCACUGGGGAGGCCUGUCGUUGUAAGAACAACGUGGUGGGGCGCGUGUGCAAUGAGUGUGCCGAUGGGUCUUUCCACCUGAGCUCCCAGAACCCCGAUGGAUGCCUCAAGUGCUUCUGUAUGGGUGUCAGUCGCCAGUGUACCAGCUCCUCCUGGAGCCGUGCCCAGGUCCUCGGGGCCUCUGAGGAGCCCACCCAGUUCAGCCUGACCAAUGCUGCCGGCACCCACACCACCAGCGAAGGCAUCUCGUCUCCCACAUCUGGGGAGCUGGUUUUCUCCUCAUUCCACAGCCUCCUGUCUGGACCUUACUUCUGGAGCCUCCCUUCACGCUUCCGGGGAGACAAGGUGACCUCCUAUGGAGGAGAGCUGCACUUCACGGUGACCCAGCGGCCCCGGCCCAGCUCUGCACCCCUGCAUGGGCAGCCGCUGGUGGUACUGCAGGGUAAUGGCAUUGUCCUGGAGCACCACACCUCACAGGAGCCCAUCCCUGGCCAGUCCAGUGCCUUCACUGUACCCUUCCGGGAGCAAGCAUGGCAGCGACCUGAUGGACAGCCAGCCACACGGGAGCACCUGCUGAUGGCACUGGCGGGAAUUGAUGCCCUUCUGAUCCAAGCAUCUUAUACCCAGCAGCCCGCUGAGAGCAGGGUCUCUGACAUUAGCAUGGAUGUGGCUGUGCCUGAGAACACUGGUCAAGACCCCGCUCUGGAAGUGGAGCAGUGCACCUGCCCAUCUGGGUACCGUGGCCCAUCCUGCCAGGACUGUGACACAGGCUACACACGCAUGCCCAGUGGCCUCUACUUGGGCACCUGUGAGCGCUGCAGCUGCCAUGGCCACUCAGAGGUCUGUGAACCUGAGACUGGUACCUGCCAGGGCUGCCAGCAUCACACCGAGGGCCCACGGUGCGAUCAGUGCCAGCAGGGAUACUAUGGGGAUGCUCAGCGAGGGACACCACAUGACUGCCAGCCCUGCCCCUGCCACGGACCUCCCUCUGCUGGCCAAGUCUCCCACACUUGCUUUCUGGACACGGACAGCCACCCCACCUGUGACUCGUGCUCCCCAGGCCACAGCGGGCGUCACUGUGAGAGAUGUACCCAGGGUUACUAUGGCAACCCCAGCCAGGGCCAGCCCUGUCGGAGAGACGGCCAGAUACCAGAAGUAACAGGCUGUGACUGUAACCCCCAGGGCAGUAUCAGCAGCCAAUGUGACGCCGCUGGCCAGUGCCAAUGCAAGGCCCAGGUGGAAGGACUCACCUGCAGCCAGUGCCGGCCUCACCACUUCUACCUGAGUGCUAGCAACCCCGACGGCUGCCUGCCUUGCUUCUGCAUGGGCGUCACCCAGCAGUGCGCCAGCUCCUCCUACACACGCCAUCUGAUUUCCACCCGCUUUGCCCCUGGGGACUUCCAAGGCUUUGCCCUGGUGAACCCCCAGCGCAACAGCCGCCUGACCGGAGGCUUUACCGUGGAACCUCUGCCGGACGGGGCCCAGCUCUCCUUUGGCAACUUUGCCAACCUCGGCCAUGGAUCCUUCUACUGGCAGCUGCCAGAGCUGUACCAAGGAGACAAGGUGGCGGCUUAUGGCGGGAAGCUUCGAUACACUCUCUCCUACUCUGCAGGGCCACAGGGCAGCCCCGUCUCCGACCCUGACAUCCAGAUCACGGGCAACAACAUCAUGCUGGUGGCCUCCCAGCCUGCCCCGCAGGGCCCCGAGAGGAGGAGCUACGAGAUCAUCUUCCGAGAGGAAUUCUGGCACCGACCAGAUGGGCAGCCGGCCACCCGUGAACACUUGCUCAUGGCACUGGCCGACCUGGAUGAGCUUCUGAUCCGGGCCACCUUCUCUUCGGUGCCGAGGACUGCCAGUAUCAGCUCCGUCAGCCUGGAGGUCGCCAGGCCGGGGCCCUCCCAUGGGCCUCGGGCUCUUGAGGUGGAGGAGUGUCGUUGUCCCCCAGGCUACAUCGGCUUGUCCUGCCAGGACUGUGCCCCCGGCUACACGCGCACCGGAAGUGGGCUCUACCUUGGCCACUGUGAGCUGUGUGAAUGCAACGGCCACUCAGACCUCUGCCACCCAGAGACUGGGGCCUGCUCGCUCUGGGUCCCUUGGGACUUUGACAGAGCUAAUCUUCUUCCUCCUGACAGGUGUGCCCCAGGUUAUGUGGGUAACCCCAAUGUGCAGGGGGGGCGCUGUUUGCCUGAAGCAGACGAAGCCCCACUGGUUGUCCAGGUCCAUCCUACUCGGAGUGUGGUACCCCAAGGUGGCCCCCACUCCCUGCAGUGCAAAGUCACUGGGAGCCCUCCCCACUACUUCUACUGGUCCAGGGAAGAUGGACGGCCUAUGCCCAGCAGUGCCCAACAACGGCAUCAAGGCUCGGAGCUCCACUUCCCCAGCGUACAGCCCUCUGAUGCUGGCGUCUACAUCUGUACCUGCCGGAACCUCCACCACACUAGCAACAGCCGGGCAGAGCUUCUGGUCUCUGAGGCUCCCAGCAAGCCCAUCACGGUGACUGUGGAGGAGCCACGGAGCCAGAGUGUGCGCCCCGGAGCCGACGUCACCUUUGUCUGCACAGCCAAGAGCAAGUCCCCAGCCUAUACCCUGGUGUGGACCCGCCUGCACAAUGAGAAGCUGCCCUCCCGGGCCAUGGACUUCAACGGCAUCCUCACCAUUCGCAACGUGCAGCCGAGUGACGCAGGCACCUACACAUGUACCGGCUCCAACAUGUUUGCCAUGGACCUGGGCACGGCCACUCUGCACGUACAAGCCUCUGGCACCUUAUCUGCCCCCGUGGUCUCCAUCAGCCCGCCCCAGCUCACAGUGCAGCCUGGGCAGUUGGCUGAGUUCCGCUGCAGCGCCACAGGGAACCCCCCGCCCACCCUGGAGUGGUCAGGAGGCCCUGGGGGCCAGCUACCUCAGAAGGCUCAGAUCCACGGUGGCAUCCUGCGCCUGCCUGCCGUCGAGCCCUCGGAUCAGAGCCAGUACCUGUGCCGAGCCCACAGCAGUGCUGGACAGCACGUGGCCAGAGCCCUGCUUCAGGUGCAAGGUGGCAGCGGACCCAGGGUCCAGGUGAGCCCAGAGAGGACUCAGGUGACUGAGGGCCGCACAGUCAGGCUGUACUGCAGAGUGUUAGGUGUGCCCAGCACCAGCAUCACCUGGAGAAAGGAAGGGGGCAGCCUGCCUCCACAGGCCCGCUCUGAACACACAGACAUCGCCACGCUGAUCAUCCCAGCCGUGACGCUCGCUGACGCUGGCUUCUACCUCUGCGUGGCCACCAGCCCCACAGGCACUUCCCAGGCACGCAUCCAGGUGGUCGUCUUGUCAGCCUCAGGUGCCAGCACCUUGCCAGUGAGGAUUGAGUCUUCCUCGCCAUCAGUGACUGAAGGGCAGACCCUGGACCUGAACUGUGCAGUGACGGGGUUGGCCCACACCCAGAUCACGUGGUACAAGCGAGGGGGCAGCCUGCCUCCCCACGCCCAGGUCCAUGGCUCCCGGCUGCGGCUCCCCCAGGUCUCCCCAGCUGACUCUGGAGACUACGUGUGCCGCGUGGAGAGUGAAUUGGGCCCCAAGGAGGCUUCCAUUGUCGUCUCCGUCCUCAGCACCCCCUCAGGCCCCAGCCACACCCUAGCCACUGGCAGCACCCAGCCCAUCCGCAUCGAGUCCUCGUCCUCCCAUGUGGCGGAGGGACAGACUCUGGAUCUGAACUGCAAAGUGCCUAGACAAGCCCGGGUCACAUGGCGCAAGCGUGGAGGCAGCCUCCCGGCCCGGCACCAGACCCACGGCUCCCUGCUGCGGCUGCACCAGGUGUCCCCAGCUGACUCUGGCGAGUACGUGUGCCAUGUGACCCUCGGCUCAGAGCACACGGAGACCUCUGUCCUGGUCACCAUUGAGCCCUCCGGCUCCAUCCCUGUCCCAGGACCGGUCCCCCCUGUCAGGAUCGAGUCUUCCUCCUCCACGGUAGCUGAAGGGCAGACCCUGGAUCUCAGCUGUGUGGUGGCGGGACAGGCCCAUGCACAGGUCACGUGGUACAAGCGUGGAGGAAGCCUUCCUGCCCGGCACCAGGUCCGCGGCUCCCGCCUGUACAUCUUCCAGGCCUCCCCCGUGGAUGCAGGAGAGUACGUCUGCCGGGCCAGCAAUGGCCAGGAGGCCUCCAUCACAGUCACGGUGGCUGGCACCCAGGGGGCCAACUUUGCCCACCCCCCAGGCAGCACCCAGCCCCUCCGCAUCGAGCCGUCCUCCUCCCACGUGGCCGAGGGGCAGACGCUGGACCUGAACUGUGUGGUGCCAGGACAGGCCCAUGCACAAGUCACAUGGCAGAAGCGCGGGGGCAGCCUGCCCACCCGGCACCAGACCCAUGGCUCCCUGCUGAGGCUCUACCAGGUGUCCCCUGCUGACUCGGGCGAGUAUGUGUGCCGGGUGGAGGGCAGCUCCACGCCUCUGGAGACCUCGGUCCUUGUCAACAUUGUACCCGCGGACUCUGUGCCUGCACUUGGAGUUACCCCUACAGUCCGGAUUGAGUCGUCUUCCUCACAUGUGGCUGAAGGGCAGACCCUGGAUCUGAACUGCCUCGUUAACGGGCAGGCCCAUGCCCAGGUCACAUGGCACAAGCGAGGGGGCAGCCUUCCCGCCCGACACCAGGUGCUUGGCUCAAGGCUGCGGCUGCCCCAGGUGACCCCAGCUGACUCUGGGGAGUAUGUGUGCCGUGUGGCCAGUGGCUCAGGUACCCAGGAAGCCUCAGUCCUUGUCACCAUCCAACAGCGCCUCAGACCCUUCCACACCCAGAGCAUGGUGUACCCUGUCCGUAUCGAGUCCUCUUCGGCCUCGCUGGCCAAUGGGCACACCCUGGACCUCAAUUGUGUGGUUGCCAGCCACACACCCCACACCAUCACCUGGUAUAAGCGUGGAGGAAGCUUACCCAGCCGGCACCAGAUCGUGGGCUCCCGGCUACGGAUCCCUCAGGUGACCCCAGCUGACUCAGGAGAGUAUGUGUGUCAUGUCAGUAAUGGUGCUGGCUCCCAGGAGACCUCGCUUAUUGUCACCAUCCAAGGCAGUGGCUCCAUGCACGUGCCCAGUGUGUCCCCACCCAUCAGGAUUGAGUCCUCCUCCUCCACGGUGCUGGAGGGAGACACCUUGGAUUUGAACUGCGUGGUGGCAGGGCAGACCCAGGCUACCAUCACCUGGUUCAAGCGAGGGGGCAGCCUGCCUGCCAGACACCAGGCCCACGGCUCCCGCCUGCGGCUACACCAGAUGUCUGUGGCGGACUCUGGGGAGUAUGUGUGUCGCGCCAACAACAACAUCGAAGCCCAGGAGACCUCCAUUGUGGUUACGGUCUCCCCCAGAACCAGCAACCCCUCUGGCCCCGGAGCGGCUGUACCUAUCAGAAUUGAGUCAUCAUCUUCACACGUGGCUGAAGGGCAGACGUUGGAUCUGAACUGUGUGGUCCCUGGUCACGCCCAUGCCCAGGUCACGUGGCACAAGCGUGGCGGCAGCCUCCCUGCUCACCAUCAGGCCCACGGCUCAAGGCUGCGGCUGUACCAGGUGUCCCCGGCCGACUCCGGCGAGUACACGUGCCGCGUGCUAGGCAGCUCUGGCCCUCUGGAAGCUUCCGUCUUGGUCUCUAUCGAACCCGCUGGCUCUAGCACUGUCCAUGUCCCUGCCUCAGGUGGAGCCCCACCCAUCCGCAUCGAGACCUCUUCCUCUCGAGUGGCGGAGGGGCAGACCCUGGAUCUGAACUGCAUGGUCCCUGGGCAGGCCCACGCCCAGGUCACAUGGCACAAGCGUGGAGGCAGCCUGCCUGCUCACCAUCAGGUCCACGGCUCUCUGCUGAGGCUAAACCACGUGUCCCCAGCUGACUCUGGCCAGUACUCCUGCCGGGUGACUGGCAGCUCGGGCACCUUGGAGGCCUCUGUCCUGGUCACAAUUGAAGCCUCCAGCCCAAGACCCAUUCCUGCCCCAGGACUGGCCCGGCCCAUCUACAUCGAGCCCUCCUCCUCCCAUCUGGCUGAGGGACAGACUUUGGAUCUCAACUGUGUGGUGCCAGGGCAGGCCCAUGCCCAGGUCACAUGGCACAAACGUGGUGGCAGCCUGCCUGCCCGGCACCAGGUGCAUGGCUCCCAGCUGCGGCUCCCCCACGUCUCCCCUGCUGACUCUGGCGAGUAUGUGUGCCGUGUGGCCGUCGGCUCGGGCCCUGAGCAGGAGGCCUCCUUCACCGUCACUGUCCCCCCCAGUGCAGGAUCUUCCUACCGUCUCCGGAGUCCAGUCAUCUCCAUUGACCCGCCCAGUAGCACCGUGCAGCAGGGCCAGGAUGCCAGCUUCAAGUGCCUCAUCCAUGAGGGAGCCACUCCCAUCAACCUUGAGUGGAAGACCCGGAACCCAGAGCUGGAAGACAAUGUCCACAUUAGCCCCAAUGGCUCCAUCAUCACCAUCGUGGGUACCCGGCCCAGCAACCACGGGGCCUAUCGCUGUGUGGCCUCCAAUGCCUACGGUGUGGCGCAAAGCGUCGUGAACCUCAGCGUGCACGGACCCCCUACACUGUCCGUGCUCCCCGAGGGCCCUGUGCAGGUGAAGGUUGGGAAGGACAUCACCCUGGAGUGCGUCAGUGCUGGGGAGCCCCGUGCUUCUGCUCGCUGGACCCGGGUUGGCACACCAGCCAAGAUGGAGCCACGGAUGUUUGGGCUGCUAGACAGCCAUGUCGUUUUGAAGAUUUCAUCAGCUAAGCCAUCAGAUGCAGGCACGUAUGUGUGCCUAGCCCAGAAUGCCCUGGGCACAGCACAGAAGCAGGUGGAGGUGAUCGUGGACACGGGCACCGUGGCCCCAGGGGCCCCUCAGGUCCAGGUUGAAGAAGCCGAGCUGACCUUGGAGGCUGGACGCACAGCUACCCUGCGCUGCUCAGCCACAGGCAACCCCACUCCCACCAUCCACUGGUCCAAGCUGCGCUCCCCGUUGCCCUGGCAGCACCGUCUGGAAGGCAACACACUGGUCAUCCCCCGAGUAGCCCAGCAGGACUCGGGCCAGUACAUCUGUAAUGCCAGCAGCCCUGCGGGCCAUGCCGAGGCCACUGUCAUCCUGCACGUGGAGAGCCCACCGUAUGCCACCAUCGUCCCGGAGCAUGCCUCGGUGCAGGCGAGGGAGCCGGUGCAGCUUCAGUGCCUGGCCCAUGGCACGCCCCCACUCACUUUCCAGUGGAGCCGCGUGGGCAGCAGCCUCCCUGGGGGCGCCACCGCCAGGAAUGAGCUGCUGCACUUGGAGCCCACAGGCCCAGAGGCCUCUGGCACCUACCGCUGUCAGGUCACCAACAAGGUGGGCUCCGCUGAGGCCUUUGCUCAAGUGCUUGUCCAAGGCCCUUCCGGCUCCCUGCCUGACACUUCUGGGAAGGCAGGCUCUCCACCCACAGUACAGGUCACUCCUCAGCUGGAGACCAAGAGCAUCGGGGCCAACGUUGAGUUCCACUGUGCUGUGCCCAGUGAUCGGGAUACCCAGCUCCGUUGGUUCAAGGAGGGAGGUCAACUGCCCCCUGGCCACAGUGUGCAGGAUGGGGUGCUCCGAAUCCAGAACUUAGACCAGAGCUGCCAAGGGACGUAUGUUUGCCAGGCCCAUGGACCUUGGGGACAGGCCCAGGCCAGUGCCCAGCUGGUUGUCCAAGCCUUGCCUUCGGUGCUCAUCAACACCCGCACCUCCGUGCAGAGUGUGGUGGUUGGCCACUCUAUUGAGUUUGAGUGCUUGGCACUGGGGGACCCCAAGCCUCAGGUGACAUGGAGCAAAGUUGGGGGGCGGCUGCGGCCUGGCAUCAUACAGAGUGGAAGCAUCAUCAGGAUUGCCCACGUGGAGCUGAGCGACGCGGGACAGUACCGCUGCACGGCCACCAAUUCUGCCGGCACCACCCAGUCCCAUGUGCUGCUGCUGGUACAAGCCUUACCCCAGAUCUCAACACCCCCGGAGGUCCGUGUGCCCGCUGGCUCUGCAGCUGUCUUCCCUUGCAUGGCCUCAGGUUACCCAACUCCCGACAUCACCUGGAGCAAGCUGGAUGGUGACCUGCCACCGGACAGCCGCCUGGAGAAUAACAUGCUGAUGCUGCCUGCCGUCCGGCCCCAGGAUGCAGGCACCUAUGUGUGUACUGCCACCAACCGGCAGGGCAAGGUCAAAGCCUUCGCCUACCUGCAGGUGCCAGAGCGGGUGGUGCCCUACUUCACCCAGACUCCCCACUCCUUCCUGCCACUGCCCACCAUCAAGGAUGCAUACAAGAAGUUUGAGAUCAAGAUUAUCUUCCGGCCCGACUCAGCUGACGGGAUGCUGCUGUACAAUGGACAGAAGCGGACCCCAGGGGGCCCCACCAACCUGGCCAACAGGCAGCCUGACUUCAUCUCCUUUGGUCUCGUGGGUGGACGGCCCGAGUUCCGGUUUGAUGCGGGCUCUGGUAUGGCCACCAUCCGCCACCCCACGCCCCUGGCCCUGGGCCAGUUCCACACCGUGACCCUGCUGCGCAGCCUCACCCAGGGCUCACUGAUUGUGGGCAACCUGGCCCCUGUCAAUGGGACCUCCCAGGGCAAGUUCCAGGGCCUAGACCUGAACGAAGAGCUAUACCUGGGUGGCUACCCUGACUACAGUGCCAUUCCCAAGGCUGGGCUGAGCAGUGGCUUUGUGGGCUGUGUCCGGGAGCUGCGGAUCCAGGGCGAGGAGACUGUCUUCCACGACCUCAAUCUCACCGCACACGGCAUCUCCCACUGCCCCACUUGCCAGGACCGACCCUGCCAGAACGGAGGUCAGUGCUACGACUCGGAGAGCAGCAGCUACAAGUGCGUCUGCCCAGCUGGCUUCACUGGGAGCCGCUGUGAGCACUCAGAGGCUCUGCACUGCCACCCAGAGGCCUGUGGACCCGAUGCCACCUGCGUGAACCGGCCUGACGGUCGAGGCUACACCUGCCGCUGUCACCUGGGCCGCUCCGGGGUGAGGUGUGAAGAGGGUGUGACGGUGACUACCCCAUCCAUGUCGGGCACUGGCUCCUACCUGGCACUGCCCGCCCUCACCAAUACACACCAUGAGCUGCGCCUGGAUGUUGAAUUCAAGCCAUUAGCUCCAGACGGGAUCCUGCUGUUCAGCGGGGGGAAGAGCGGGCCUGUGGAGGACUUCGUGUCCCUGGCCAUGGCUGGCGGUCACCUGGAGUUCCGCUACGAGCUGGGAUCAGGACUAGCUGUCCUGCGGAGCCCUGAACCACUGGCCCUGGGCCGAUGGCACAGAGUAUCCGCAGAGCGCCUGAACAAAGAUGGCAAGCUGCAGGUGAACAGGGGGCGCCCUGUGCUGCGCUCAUCGCCUGGCAAGAGCCAGGGCCUCAACCUGCACACCCUGCUCUACCUGGGCGGAGUAGAGCCCUCUGUGAAGCUGGCCCCGGCCGCCAACGUGAGCGCUCACUUCCACGGCUGUGUAGGCGAGGUGUCUGUGAAUGGCAAGCGACUGGACCUCACCUACAGCUUCUUGGGUAGCCGAGGUGUUGGGCAGUGCUACGACAGUUCCCCUUGUGAGCGCCAGCCCUGCCGCAACGGUGCCACGUGCAUGCCCGCGGGCGAGUACGAGUUCCAAUGCCUGUGUCAGGAUGGCUUCAAAGGAGACCUCUGCGAGGAUGAGGAGAACCCCUGCCAGCUCCGAGAGCCCUGUCUGCAUGGUGGCACCUGCCAGGGCACCCGCUGCCUCUGUCUCCCCGGCUUCUCUGGCCCACGCUGCCAGCAAGGCUCCAGACAUGGUACAGGGGAGUCUGAUUGGCACCUGGAAGGCAGUGGAGGCAAUGAUGCCCCUGGGCAGUACGGAGCCUAUUUCCAUGAUGGCGGCUUCCUUGCCCUCCACGGUGGUGUCUUCUCCCGGAGCCUGCCUGAAGCCCCCGAGACCAUUGAGCUAGAAGUCCGGACCAGCAGUGCCAGUGGCCUCCUGCUCUGGCAGGGCAUGGAAGUGGCAGAGGCUGGUCACAGCAAGGACUUUAUCAGCCUCGGGCUGAAGGAUGGGCACCUGGUCUUCAGCUAUGAGCUGGGAAGUGGGGAAGCCCACCUUGUCUCCGAAGACCCCAUCAAUGACGGUGAAUGGCAUCGGGUGACAGCACUGAGAAAGGGCCGGAAAGGCUCCAUCCAGGUGGACGGUGAAGAGCUGGUUAGCGGCCAGUCCCCAGGCCCUAAUGUGGCGGUGAACACGAAGAACAGUGUCUACAUCGGCGGAGCCCCAGACGUGGCCAUGCUGACUUCGGGCAGGUUCUCCUCAGGAAUCACCGGCUGCAUCAAGAACUUGGUGCUGCACUCAGCCAGGUCUGGCGCGCCACCCCCGCAGCCCCUGGACCUGCAGCACCUCGCCCAGGCAGGGGCCAACACACGCCCCUGCCCCUCAUAGGCCCCGCCUACCCCCCACGGACUCCCGGGCAGCGUCCAGCCCGGCAUUGUCAACUAUAUUAUUAUUAAUAUUAUGAUGAUUUUUGUAAGGAACUGAGGCAAUACCACGCUUUGCUGCUAUGCCCUGGGCUGGACUGGAGGGUGGGCAUGCCACCUCCUAUACACGUGCCAAAGCCCCCAGGCUACAGGGCAGGGCAGAGGGGAGAGGAGUAGGUAGGCCACCAGACUUGGGACCAGGCACAGUGGCCAGAUGGAUCCAGAACUCACCUCACUCCUCCCACCCAGACAGAGCCCCCCAACAUCAAGUUGGGCUGCCUAUUUUUGCAGCCAUGGGAAGUCCUCAUUCCUAUGAGAGCCGGCCUCAGUUUACCCCCCGGUGACUUACCAGCUACCUGAAGAGGUGGUGUCGCAGUGGCUAGGAUGCCCGUGCCCACUGCAGAGCAGAAGGCAGCUCCCCUGCCCCCACCAGCCCCCGCCUGGCCACUCCCCCACCCCAGCAGCCUCCCUCCACCCAGCCUGCAUUCCACCACCCCUCACACCAUCCAGGGCCCCAUCCUCAGGGGCUGCAAGGGAAACCCCUCCAACCUCGGAGCUGCCAAGACAGAGCCCAGCACCAGAGUCCCACCACGCCAAGCCCCACUCCCCAUCUUCUGGAGGUGAAGGCCCAGGAUGUGGGGGAGAGGGGUCAGGAAGACAAGUGCCUUGGUGGGGAAAGGAGGGGACACGACAGCCCCGCCCAUCUGGGAGCCUGAGGACCCUAGAAAAGCGGCCCCAGACUCUGGCAUUGGGGCACCUGGCCUCAGGCCCUAGAAGGGACCCUCCUGUGGUCUUCUUGGUUUUUCUUAAUAAACGGUGCUAUCCCCGC